GUUUUGACUCCGACUAUGAACUCACAUCACUGGCACCAGCAUGUAUGCUGUAGGACAGGAGUGUGCUACCAUACGAGAAAAUCGGAAUACAUUGAACAACCCUGCGCAUAUUUGUGAAGUAGGCGUUGAACCACGUCUAUUGUGUGAAUUAAUGAUACUUUCUGGCUGCCCACACUUCAGAGGAUGGGACAGGGCUUCUAAGAGCGACUUUUUGUCCUCACUCUUGCCACAGGAAAAGCAGCACCAGCAUGGUACUGCUGGUCACCCAAUGGGAAUACCUUGUUAUUGUCACACCCUCGUCCAGCUAGCAUUACAACUUCAUCCUGGAACUACCGUCAAAGCGUAAAAAUUUACACUAUAACGGUAAGUUCUUUUUUGC